AAUUUGAAUAGAAUAACAAUGCAACUCUCAUCAAGGCAGGUAACCAAUUAACGAAUUUGUUUUAGGAAAUGGCGGCAAAUGAUGUUCCUAACGAUGGAAUGGAUGGAAGGAAUCGUCGAAAGCAUUACUAGGCAGUUUCCAAGCACACUCUGAGCCAAUUGGAAUUUCUAAUGUCCCAAGAAAACUCCGUGAAGGUAACAAGAACGCUUUCAUGCCAAAGACCAUUUCCAUCGGCCCUCGGUACAAGGGAGCUAGAAGGGACCUAAUGAAAUGGCAAAACAUCAAAUUGCACUCCAUGCAAUCUCUUCUUCAUCGAAGACCAAACAAACCAGCAAAAACAAAGCUCCAAGAAUGCAUGGAAUGACCUUGCGAAUAUCAUGUUGUCUGGCGCUGGUUUCUUGCUUGAGCUUCUCAUUAGUUCUUCAAAGGAAUUCAAUGAAAAACUUAAAAGCCGGUUGGCGCCUCCCAAUCCGGAUGGCGAAGUAAAGAGAACAGGGGAGGUAGUGACUGAUUUGUUGGUGUUGGAGAACCAAAUACCGCUUAUGAUUCUCCAUAAGUUGUCUGAAAUAAUUUUAGUUGAGGAUGAUAUUUCAAUUGAAAGUUUGGCACUGAAUUUCUUUGGCUACAUCCCGGACGAAAGAUUUAAGCCGGACUUUAACCCUGGUGUUGCGUCUCGUCACUUUCUUGAACUUAUCCACUCCUACAUCUCUGAAGAUAGUGAAGAAGAGGAAGGAGAGCAACAGGAUCAGAGAAACGAGGACAGGUGUAGGUGUAUUCCGAUCAACAGUAUUAAAUCUGUUAACUUCCAAAAGGUAUUGAAUACCUGUGCCAAUUGUGCUUCCGUUUGUGGUUAUGAUGUGGAAGAUGCGAAGGGGAUCAGAGAAGAGACUAUCGAUGCUGCCAGCAAUGUUCAGCAACUUACUUCCUAUGCUCAACUCAAUCGAUGUGUUCCCAUUCUUGCAGGUGCUGGGGUUACAAUAAUCAAAACUAUACACAGGAAGUUUUAUUUUUUUUAUUUUUUUUGUGAUGAUCCGCUCUUUAUUAUUGGAUAUAAAAAGUGUAACGAGAAAAAGCAUGAGAAUCCAACUCAAGGACCAAAUGAAAUAAGGGGCUUCAACUUUAACAUAAAAUUUCAGAGGACCAAUGGGACUCUGGAAAUUCUACAGCUUCACAUCACAAAAUCAACAGAAGUGACGUGGUGGAAUCUCAUUACAUGGGAGCAAGGCCACAGCGGAUUCAGUUGCAAACACAAGUGUACUUGGGCUGCAUUAUUUUUCAACGGCUUAAUGUGUUGCGAAAACGAUGUUCAACUUCUCAAAGAUAAACAAGUGAUAAUGGAUCACUUGGACUUAGGUAACCGCAAAUUGUUGGAGUUCUUCCGUUCCAUCGUCCAUGGAGUUAAUUCUGACAAGGCAAGUGAUUCUCCUUACUGGAAAAUGACAACAGAUAGAGGUGUUGCAGAUCAGCCUAGUGGUUGUGGUAAAGAAAGGAUUUCUGCCAAUACCCCUAGAAAUUCUAGAUCUUCUCUCUCUAAUCCAACUACUCCGAUGAUGUCACAGGUUGCGGAUGCAUCGGAAUAG